GAGAGAGACCCCCCUCUGGAUUUCUUUUUUCUCCCUCUCUCCAAAAGAGAUCCUUCCUUCUGGAUCUCUCUUUUCUGCCUCACUGGAGAAACUUCUGGAGGUCCUCCCACGGUAUUAAGACGGAGCCUCACUACUGGUUUGGAGGAAGAUUUCCAAACACAAGAAACAAGUGCACAGUGUACAGCGAGGAAGAAGAAGAAGACACACACACCGACAGGCCGACAUGACUCUGCUGUGCUACAACAAAGGCUGUGGAGAGAAGUUUGACACCGACAAGAACAAAGAUGAUUCCUGCCUCUUCCACCCGGGAGUCCCCAUCUUCCACGACGCUCUGAAGGGUUGGUCCUGCUGCAAGAAGAGGACGACAGACUUCUCAGAGUUUCUCUCCAUCAAGGGUUGCACCCGCGGGCGUCACAGCAACGAGAAGCCCGUGGAGCCUCUGAGGCCGGAGGUGUCGUCAGAUAAGGGAGGGAUUAAACACAUCAAUGGCCAAGAGAUCAUCUACCAGGGCCCCAAAUCCGCAGAGAAGUUGCAGAAAGAGAGACCCAGUUCAGAGGAGCCCAUGGUCAAGCUGCCCCACAAAGUGUCGGCGUCCUUGGCUCAGGCUCUGGAGAAACUGGACAUCAGCAAGAGAGCGGAGAACGAGAAGAUAGAGAAUCAGACUGUCAUGCAUGGGACCCGCUGCAAAAACGCAGGAUGCAAAACGAUCUACCAGGGCCCAGAGACAGACAAGGAGGUCUGCACCUACCACCCCGGAGGUCCCGUCUUCCACGAGGGGUAUAAGUACUGGAGCUGCUGCUGCAUAAAGACGACAGACUUCAAUGCUUUCCUGGACCAGAAGGGCUGCACCACAGGGAAACACCGCUGGGUCCCAAAGCAGGACAAAAAGAAGGUGGCGUGUCGACACGACUGGCACCAGACUGCAAGCAAUGUAGUCGUCACGAUUUAUGCUAAAAACGCAAACCCAGAGUUCACGAGCAUCGAGGCCAACCGGACGGUGCUCUCAUGUCAAAUCCAGUUUGAGAACAACAAGAUUUUCAAGAGAGAGUUCCACUUCUGGGGGGUGAUCGACGUGAAACACAGCUCGGUCAACAUGGUCCCAACUAAAGUGGAGAUCACCCUUCGUAAGGCUGACCAGGUGUCGUGGGGCAAACUGGAGGACCCAAACUACAAACCAGAGCCCGAGCCUGUAGAGGACCCUUUUGCCGAAGUCUCUGAGUCGUACCAGCCCGACUGGGACAUCGAAGACGACGACAUCAGCGACUCGGACGACGACUGGGCAUACGACACCCCACAGAAUAAAACGAAGGAGGAGAGGGACAAUGAAGAGCAGAAGAAGAAGGACGACGAGAUGCAGAAUUUAAAAAGGAAGGAGGUGGAGGAGGAGAUGAAAAGGGCGAUGGAGGAGGAGAAGAAGCUAGAGGAGCAGAGGCAACUGGAGGAACAAGAAGGAUAUGAAGACAUGCCAGAUCUCGAGUAACUUUUGUAACCAAUGUUUAUUUCUGAAAUUAGUAGAAUAUUAUAAAGGUGGUUAUUGACAACCACUUCCAUCAACAUUAGAGGUCCAGCUAAGUUGAUUCUGUUGAAUUGGUUAAAAUGUUAGGAGUACGUCAGUGGUUGAAGCACACUGGAUCAUUUACAUGUUGUUAAGUUACAUCAUCCUUAUUAUUAUUAUUGCAGUAGAAAAUGAUGUUUCUCUCUUUAAAUGUGAACACAAUAACUGCUACAUGCAACUUCAACACAAGCAAUAAAGACUUUUCUAUACCUGC